AUGAAGGGCUCCGUACCAGACCUACCAAACCGCUCCUCAUCUCACGAAACCAUCAAGGGUUCCGUGCUAGAGCUCCUGAACCAUUUCUCACCUUUACGAAGCCAUCAGAGGUUCCGCACCGGACCUCCAGAACCAUUAAUUUCUAAACGAAGGCCUGAAGGGUUUCGCCCGAUAGCUCCCGAACCAUUGAGAAUGAGCACUCACCGCGGCCCGCCAAGUCGACAUAGUGUUAUAUGUUGGGCGGAAUGUGCGAAUGAAAUGUCGCCAGUGGUCUGUUAG